AUGCCGGAAAUCUUAGACCGGAAAAGGCGAAGUAUUCUGGAACCUUACGCUAGUAGCACUCAUCGUUCUGCAAUCCCUUCACAAACUUUGAGAAAUCCUAUCUUGAGAACCGAAAUUCAGAAUCCUGCAGUUGCUGAAGCUGAUGCAUAUCGUCCUUGUGGUACUGCUACUAGUAUUGUUAACUCUGAUACUUCUACAAAUAUCCGAUUACCGUCAGCUGUAAAACCUCUGCGUCAGUAUCAGUUGAAGGAGAAUCCGUAUACUUCUAUAGAAUUCAAAUGCAGUAAUGCUAGUACUACUUCUUCAUCAUUACCACGAAUGUCGAAAACUAUACUACCAUCGUCCAAAGCUCUAUGCAAAACUUUAUCAGAUGAUUUCAGACAAAAUUCACAAAAUGUCUCUUCAGAUGACAUUAUUAAGUCCAAAUGCGAGUCUGAAAUUUCGAUGAAGAAAUUUUUACAUGAAAUUAAUUUGAAUUCACCUGUCAAUACGACGACAUGUAUAGCACGACCCAUUUAUUGUGACAGUGAAGUGCCUCGUGGUUAUUGGGAUACCAUAUCGCCAUUGCAAAAAACAACCACAGUUCAUCGAACUACAGAAAUAGAGAAAAGCUUGCCUUCAACAAACAAAUCAAAUGUAUCAUUAGCAUCAAGUAAUGCGAGGAAUUCAACGGUCGAUAUCAAAUGGGAAGUACCGAAAUGUAAUAUUAAGGGAGGAUCGAAGUGUGGUAUUAUCGGAAACCCAACGAAGUCAGUACUAAAAGUAAUUAGACCAAGACGCUUAACGGUAGCGUGCUCUACAAUGAAUGACUGGCCUAACACCACUGAAAAUACUACACUUGAAAGGAAUGCAACCAUUCAGAAAAAUAUCAUUGGAAGUGAUUCAUUGAAACGCAAAACCACAAAAGAAUCACCGAAGAAGCCAUGGUUUAGUUCAUCAGUAGAUGGACCACCGGUUGCAUCACAAAUUCGUGAAACUGCAAUCGAUGAUGAUUUACCAUGCAAACGAUUGGUUGCUCCACGCCUUUAUCCAACCAACGGAUCGUUAUCAGUCCCAGUUCAGAAACCUACCGUUGUGAAAUCCGAUAAUUCACAGAUCUUUCGAAUGGCCGCAGUUCCACCACCAAAGCCUACCAGAACUUAUGAGGAAGUACUUGUUGACUUAUUGCAGACAGAAAAAUCUGAACAAUGUUCAAAAUCAGAUAUUAAAUCUGUACGGAAAACUUACCCAAUUGUGGGUAGCUCAAGAAUGGUUGUACCGAAAGAUUAUAGUAGUAGCCGUGAUCGUAGUAGUGAUUCCGGAUUUGGAGCUGAUUUCCGUAAAAGUUCGAGCGAUACGAUAGAAAGUAGUCCAGAUGUACAAAUAUCGGGCAAAUGGCUUCAGGCCCUAGAUUUACCAUGUGAUUCAUAUUGUCUUGCUGAUGAAGAUUUGAUGCUAUCGGAGAAUUCUCUUAUAAGAAGGCGGAAUAGUUUGGUGAUACGAACGCAAACAGGCCUUAGAGUUAAAACAAUAAUUGAUAAAUUGUUGAAUUCGAACGGGCGUGAUCAACGAAGAGCUCUUUUCUCAUUGAAGCAAAUUUUUCAAGAUGAUAAGGAUUUGGUACAUGAAUUCGUACAAAACGGUGGCCUAGAAUGUAUGAUUAAGCUUGGAAGGCAAGCUGAUCAAAAUCAUCAAAAUUACAUUCUUAGAGCAUUGGGCCAAGUAAUGUUGUAUGUUGAUGGUAUGAAUGGUAUCAUUGCUCAUAUUGAGACAAUCCAAUGGCUUUACGAAUUGCUUGACUCACCGUAUCGAUUAGUGGUGAAAACAGCAUUGAAAUUAUUAUUGGUAUUUAUUGAAUAUACAGAUCACAAUGCAUUUCUACUAAUGACUGCUGUCACCAAUAUCGAUAAAGCUAAUAAUCGACCUGAUUGGUUCGCUUUGAUGAGGGUACUUAAUGAAAAGGAUACAAAUGAUGUUGAAAUGCUCACAUACGGUAUGACUGUUAUCAACAAAACACUGAAUGGUGUUGCUGAUCAGGAUACAUAUUAUGAUCUCGUUGAUUCUCUCGAAUCACAGGGUCUAGAAGAUGCGAUGCGACAUAUGCUAAAACUCGGUCAUAAAGAUCUCAAAGAUCAAUGUAAAUUGUAUGAAAAAGUGCUCAAACAAGAAGAUGAAGCAGAAAGUAGUGAUGAAAGUAUCGUUAAAAUGAGGAUGCAAACGACACCAUCGAUCGUUGCUGAUCGUAGAGCUGCAAUGCGUCGCCGACAUCAGGAAUCAUUGAUUCGGCAACAAGAACACUACAAUUUUCAUAAAAUCAACUCUGUAAAUAAUAAUAUUGGAAAAUUUGAAUUAUCCAUGAAAAAUGCUGGUGAUAAACUUAUCAAUGGUAUCAAUGGUACCUCGAAUGAUGCGAUCGAUGAUACACCAAAAGUGAUACCACCAUGGAGAAGGAAAUUUUCCGAAAUUGAAACACAGCCGAAAAAUAGUAAUACAAAUACAUCGGUAAAUGAGAUAAGGUCACAAUCACCAAUAAAACAAUCUUCAGUGACACCAAUGAAUUCGAUUGAAAAAAAAUUGGAGAAUAAUGAAAAUAUGGAACCUGAAGAGAAACCGGUCCGUGCACCGCCACCAUCAUUUCCUUCUACACUUUUUUCUCCAACUGAAAAUAAAACAAUGGAAUUUCCGGAAUCGAUUAAGAAAGAAUCCGAAAUAAUACCGGAGCCAAAAAGGAUAUCAUCACCUAAAGCAAAGGUAAUCGAAGAUGAUGAUGAUAGCGCAGCUGGUGGUAAUGCAUUUGCAGCACAAUUACGUCGUCGUGCGCUUAAACGAGAACAAAAUGCAGCAUUAUUUGAACCAAAACAAGAUGAAGCAGAAAUACAAUGGAAAAAGGCUGCUGAAAAUUUUAAAUCGAAACCGUUGAUUAUUAAUGAUUUGGAUUUUUCGGAAUUUCAUAAAGAUGAAUUUGAACAAGAUCCAUUGGUAAUGGCUCGAUUAGCAGCAAUUGCACAAGAGAAAGGUUUACUUUCAGGUGUUAACGCUAAUGGUAUUACGUCAGCAUCUGAAAGAGGUCCACCGCCGGCACCUCCAUUAUUGCCUGGUGCACCGGGAGCACCUCCACCGCCACCUUUUCUGCUUCCAAAUGGUAACCCGAAUCAGACAGGUCGUGAUCCAAGUCCAGUACCACCGGUAUCGAAAACAGGUACAUUAAAGUUACAUUGGAAACCUGCUCAAGCCGAACUACCACCUGUUCCAUCAUUGAGGAAUAAGGGAACAUUUUGGCAUAAACUUGAUUUACCACAAAUUGAUGCUAAAAAGUUGGUUCAAUUAUUCGAGCAAAAAACCAAAGAAAUUCCAGCUGUCAAGCGACUAAAUGGUGAACAUCGGGCACAAGUUCUUCAAGUGCUACCGUUAAAGCGAUCCCAAGCUAUUAAUAUCGGAUUAACAAAACUACCACCGAUAAGCGUUAUUCCAACCGCUAUCAUGAAAUUCGAUUCAUUGGUGCUGAAUAAAGAGGGUAUUGAAAAAAUCCUCACUACAAUGAUGCCAAAUCCAACUGAAAUUGAACAAAUCGAAUUGAAAGUUGCGGAACAUCCGGAUAUGCCGUUGGGUCAAGCGGAACAAUUUCUUCUUAGGCUUUCUCAAAUACCAUGCCUACUGGAAAGACUUAGGCUUUGGGUAUUUACGUUGGACUACAAAAAUUGUGAAAAAGAUAUAGCGGAACCAUUGAUGGAUUUACAAUUAGCGAUGAAAGAGGUUGAAGAAUCGAAAACAUUCCGGACUGCUAUGGGAAUGCUAUUGCUUAUUGGAAAUACAUUGAAUGGAACUAAUAUCAAAGGUUUUCAAUUGGAUUAUUUAAGUAAAGCAUCAGAAGUAAAGGAUCCGGUUUACAAACAUACGUUAAUAUAUCAUUUAGCUGAAUAUAUGAUUGAACAUUGUUCGGAUGGAACUGAUUUAUAUUCCGAAUUUGGUGCAGUUGCUCGUACAGCGAGGUUUGAUUACGAUGAAUUGGAAUCAAAUUUGAAGAAAUUGGAGCAUGAUUGUAAAGCAUCCUGGGGAUAUUUGGCUAAAAUUAGCAAAAAUGAUAGUUCAUCAUCGAUGAAACAAAAGAUAAAUGAUUAUUUGAAUGACGUGGCACAACGAAUUCAUCAACUUAAGGCUAUCUAUAGGAUUGCCUUUAAUAGAUGGCAUGCAUUUUUGCUCUUUUUUGGCUACAGUGUUAACGAAGUACCAACAUUAAAGCCAAUGGCUGUUUUUAAAAUGGUCAAUGAAUUUGCUCUUGAAUAUCGUACCACUCGGGAUAAAAUUUUGCAACAAAGAAAACGAUUAGCGGAUAAACGUGAACGAAAUAAAACACGGGGUAAAAUAUGGGCAUUAGAGAGUCAAAGCAGUAAGGAAGGUAUGGAAUUAAAUGGUAAUUUGAAACGUACACCGGUACAAAUGAAUGCUGAACAGCGACAUGAAGCGAUGUCACGUAUGCUAGCUGGUGGAAGUAACGAUGAUACGUUAAAAAGGACGAGAACAAAGCUUAUAGCGGAACGAUCGCCUGCUGACAUCAUUACAAGUCAAAGAGAAAUGUUGAGAUCAGUUGGACGAGUGAUGGAUUCGAAUAGUCCCGGGCGAGAGUCACCAGAUGAUGAAAUUCUUGAUGGCCUUGUAAAAGCAGCUACGAUUCAAACUGAACCACGUGAUCAUCGUCGUAGGGCUAGGCAAUUUAAUCGAAAAUCUUUGAGGCGUACUCGAACAUUAAAACUCGUUGAUGAUCAAUCAAAUAGCACAGUGACCACUGUUUGA